GCGUCAACACUCUAUUUCUCUUCUUCUCCUUCUUCUCCCUCAUUUUGUUUCAAAGCGAACGCUUUCUUCUUCCUCUAUCUCUUUCGGGUUCGGAUUUUCAAGGAAGCGCAGAACUAUGCCACCGAUCAGGAACGAGAACAGUUCUGAGAAUACCCAGCUGAGAUUACUUAAGAAAGAGAAGAAAAAGUUGUCAAAGCAACUGAAGCGCACAAAACAGAGGCUGGAGAAGGACAAGGCAAAGGUAGAAGAGAUAGAAAUCGAAUUAGCUGAAUGGGGAAAGCUGGUUGAGCUCGACAAAAUGGAAAAUGCGUACACUGAAUAUUGCAUUUUUCUUACACAUGAUAUUAUUUCUGCAGAAGAUGACGGUGACUUUGCGAGAGCUGAACUUCUUAAGCACUCUGGGAGUGUGUUGUUGGCCAAGAUGGAGGAGGAAAUACAAGCUUUCAAGAAUGCUGGUGGGAAUCGUGAGUGAGCAGUAUUUCUUAUAUAUCUUUGGUUUGGAUUGUACUAUGAUAUUUGAAGUAAUUCUCAGUGUUACCUCUUGGUACUUCUAGGUUUUAAUUUUCUGUUUCAUGACUUCAGUUUUACUGGAUUGCUGCUUAUGUUCUAUUGCAACUUCAUGACAAAUUAUCUAUGUCUUUAUUUACUUUUGGUUAGCUCUUCUCUGCUUCUUGUUGUUACUGUCAAACAGACAAUUAUCUCAUCUAGAUUGCCCUGUCCCUUAAUAAGGUGAUGCUAGAUUG